AUGAAUGGACAAGGUCUGUUCUCCCAGUGCCCCUGCCGCACUGAAACUCUACUGAAGAAGAUCAAGAUUUACAUGAUCAGAGAAGCAGAGUGGAGAGACCAGAAGCACAAGCUGAAGAGACCUCCUCCAGCGUGGAUUAGCUACUUGGCCCUCCUCCUCUCCAUCAUCUUCUUCUGUCCCGUGUGGAGGGAGGAAGAGGAACGCUUCAGUGCCUGGCACUUUGCAGGCAGUGAUAAACUCUGGGCUGGGUUGGCGAUCCGCCUCUUCAAGGGCAUCCAGGAUGACUUUGGGGAACUUCCCCUGGGCGUCUAUAGAGCCACCCAUCAUCCCUACUCAAGAGCCACCCAUCAUCCAUACUCAAAGAAAGUCACGAGCAAAGGUGAUGAGGUCAAUUGGAAAGCCAUAAGGCUGCUCUGCCUCCCGCUCUGGGUUGUAGUCCGAGCCAUGUACCCUUAUGGCUUCAUGAACAAAGUGAGGAAGGAGGUGGGCGUCAUGGUGGACUUCACCCACUUCAUGGAGGUGUUCGAGGGGAGGAUCAGUGUGGUGCUGGAGAUCACCCACCUGGACCGCUGCAGCCCAGACAGGGUGGUCCGCACCCUGGAGGCCAUGAACGUUCUGCUGGCGGGGAAGAAUGUCACGUUUGUCUCCAUCCUAGCUGUGGACCCCGGAGUGGUGGUGGGCUGUGUGGAGAGCACCAUGUGGAUCUGUGGGCUGACAUCCAGCGGGUACGACUUUGUAAACAAGAUGGUCACCCUGCCCUUCUCAGUGCCUGAGAUGUCCCCAGACUCCAAAUGCAGAGCUUUUAAAACCCUCGCUGACAGCUAUCUAGAGCCUGACUGGGAAUGUUUUAAGAGAGGAAAACAUAGAGCUGGGAAUUUCUCUGCAUUUGAAAAAGGCAGGCUUGAUGACAGCCUUGUGCCCUUCAUUGGAAAGGGCAAAAGUGAGACUGAGCUACUAGAAAAUGGCAUCCAUUGGGAAAUCUGGGCCAAGAAAAUCAAGGCGCUAACAAAUGAGGCAUUUACACGCCAUAUAUACCAAAUACAGCCCUCAUGUUUAUCUUAUGGGAAACCAUGUGCAUAUGAGAAGGAUAAUAAACUCUGUAAGGAUGACCGUCAUGGAUGCUAUGGAUUACAGGGGGUGGUGAUGGAACCCUGCCGCCUGGGCUGGAUCCUGCAAUGCUCAGAGGACCGCCAGCAGAGGGCUGACACUGAUGGCGCUGAUGGUGACAUCAACCAGGCCAAGACCUUAUGGGAGGUGUUCAGUGAGACCAGUCUGGAGCUCCACAUGCUCAGAGAUUGUCUGGAGACCGUUGUAGAGCAGGAUGGAGACCCCGAGCUGUUUGAGAGGUUCCUUAAGGUGGACCUCCAGUUUACUCUGAAGGAUUUUGAGAAACAGAACCAAGUCAAAUGCAAUCUGCGGAUUGGAAAAGCUAUCAGUAUGAGCACAGAGGACACCUGCAAAGAGGUUAGUUCAAAAUAAGAAUCUUUAUGCCGA